AUGGAGAGCAGUGACAAUUUCUUCCAUGAAGCUAGCUACCUAGACCAAGAAGGUCAAUUUAGAACCUCAAGGGUGCCCGUGGUUCAAGAAAUCGCUCGUCGCGGGAUUAAACACUUGCCUAAGAGGUUUGCUAGGGUGUAUUCUCAACACAAUCGUGAUCCGGUUACCUCAUUUUUAGCUGAUGAUGUUUCGGAGUUCCUACCAUCAGUAAGUAUGGCCAACUUACGGGCCCGGUUCAAACCCGAGGACCGAGCCCAAGAGCUGGCCAAGCUAGCAAGUGGGGCAAGAGCUUGGGGCAUGUUCGUAAUCAAGGACCACGGUGUACCUUGGUCUGUGUUGCAAGGUGUGAGGGAUGUGGUUAAGGAGUUCUUUGGGCUGUCGUUUGAAGAGAAGAAAGCAAGUGUUGGGUCGUAUGUGAGUGUAGACAACAUGGGUUAUGGCCGGAACUUUGUGAAGUCGGAAGAUCAGCCGCUGGACUGGAUUGAUCGUGUGACUAUGAAAGCAGCUCCUGCUGGAGCCACCCAAGGGCUCCACGUUUGGCCUCAAAGGCCUGCCAAUUUCAGGCAUGCUAUAGAGCAAUACGUUGCAGAAGCAAGAUCCAUCUUGAAUGACUUAUUGGAUGCCCUAGCCGAAGCCUUGUUGCUAGAAAGACAUGCAUUCCUCCAAAACUUUGACCCCAACGAAAGUGAGAUCAAUGUAAGAGUCAACUACUACCCACCAUGUCCUAGACCAGACCUUGCCCUUGGUCUAACUCCACAUUCUGAUGCCAGCGCCCUCACCCUCCUCAUGCAAUUCGACCCGGGGGCUGCCGGAGGCCUCCAAGUGUUGAAAGACAUGAAAUGGGUCAGUGUGACUUGGCCACCAGAGGCAUUGCUGGUGAAUGUGGGAGAUUUGCUAGAGAUCAUGAGCAAUGGGAGGUUGAAGAGCCCAUGGCAUAGGGUUGUGACCCAAAUGGACAUAGAUCGGUUUUCAGUGGCUUUGUUCUAUAAUCCAUCUCCCCAAACUGAGAUUGAGCCCAUCAGGGAUUGUUCCUCGAGUGAUGAGGAGUAUAAGAAGGUGGUUGUGGGUGAUUAUUUGCAGCAUCUUUAUAAGAUUAGUCCUACCAUGGAGAAAGAAGCUAUCAACUUUUCUAAAACUCCAAAACCCUAAUGGGGACAUGUGUGUA